GAUCAUCAGGCCUUGGAACCAUCGUUCCCACCUAUGCCUCGACCAGCUUUGCAUCCGUCGCAUCCAAAGCCCCAUGUUUCCUUUUAAGACGUAAGACUGGCACGUAACGAUGGGAAGUCAGAAACACAUCACCAACAACAAAACUACUUUCUCCCGUCAGAGCCUCAAAGCGGCACAAAUGGCUAUCAAAGACGCCGCAAAAGGCAUGGGAACCACGGACGAUGUCGGCAGCAACGCCAAAGCGCACUUCGUGUUCAUCCCGUUGAUGUUCCAGGGGCACCUGAUCCCAGCGGUCGACACCGCGCUGCUGCUGGCCACCCACGGCGCGCUUGCCAGCAUCGUCGUCACGCCGUCCAACACCGGGCGCAUCCGCCCGACCAUCGACUUCGCCCGGAAGUCCGGCCUGCCGGUCCGUCUCGUGGAGCUUGCGCUCGACUGCGCCGCGGAAGGGCUGCCUGACGGAGCCGACGACGUCGACAAGGUGCCAUCGUGUCUCUGGACCAACUACUUCCGCGCCGUGGCGCUCCUCCGGGAGCCACUCGAGCGCCACCUCCGCGCUCACGAGCCGUACCCGACGUGCGUCGUGUCGGACUUCUGCCACCCGUGGGCCAAGGAGCUCGCGGCGAGCUUCGAGGUCCCAAGGCUCUGCUUCUUCAGCAUGUGCAGCUUCUGCCUCCUGUGCCAGCACAACGUCGAGAGGUUCAACGCGUAUGACGGCGUCGACGACGACAACGAGCUGGUCAUCGUGCCCGGUUUGGAGAAAAGGUUUGAGGUGUCCAGGGCCCAAGCACCGGGGUUCUUCCGGGGCUUCCCCGGAUUUGAGAAGUUAGCGGACGACGUCGAGCAAGCGUUGGUUGAGGCCGAUGGUAUCGUCACGAACAGCUUCCUGGAGAUGGAGCCGGAGUACGUCGCCGGCUACGCGGAGGCCAGGGGGAUGAAGGUGUGGACUGUCGGGCCUGUGUCUUUGUUCCACAAUCGCACCGUGACACUGGCGUCGAGAGGGAACACCGCAGCCAUCGGCGCUGACGAGUGCCUCCGGUGGCUCGACAGCAAGGAGCCCAACUCCGUCGUGUACGUCAGCUUCGGGAGUAUCGCGCACGCCGAACCAAAUCAGGUCGUGGAACUCGGGCUCGGGCUGGAGGCGUCGGGGCACCCGUUCAUCUGGGUGGUCAAGAACGCCGACCAACACGGCGAUGAAGUGAGCGAGUUCCUACACGAGCUGGAGGCCCACGUCGCCGGGCGCGGUCUGCUCAUCAGGGGGUGGGCGCCCCAGGUGCUGAUCCUGUCGCAUGCGGCCGUCGGGGGCUUCGUGACGCACUGCGGGUGGAACUCGACGAUGGAGGCGAUCACGGCCGGGCUGCCGGUGGUGACGUGGCCGCACUUCUCGGACCAGUUCUUGAACGCUAAGUUUGCCGUGGAGGUGCUGGGGAUCGGCGUGAGCAUCGGGGUGACAGAACCGGUGAUGUACCGGGUGGAUCAGAAAGAGAUCGUGGUGAGGAGAGAGGUGGUGGAGAAGGCGGUGAGGAGCGUCAUGGACGGAGGAGGCGAGGGUGAGGAGAGGAGGAUGAGGGCUCGGGCGCUCGCGGCGCAGGCGAGGUCGGCCGUGGAGGAGGGCGGGUCGUCGCACGCGAACCUGCUGGAUUUGAUCAAGAAUUUCGAGGUGGACGCAGGAUGUGACGCGACUGCAUGAGCAUCACAAAUGUUCGAGAGCGCGAACGGUUUUUGUUACAAAACGGCUUGUGUGCAUCUUGACGGAAUGACGCCUUUGCUCGCCAGGAUGACGACGGGCGAACUUUGUUUGUCAUCCAUGCAUAAUAUCAUAUAGUAGCGUUUUGCUUUCGUGUUUACCAUUUCAAAUCUUGUGCUAUAUUUGUGUCGGCAACUCAGCAUGUACUUCCCGCUGUGAGAGUGAGUCAG